UCAGUGCUCGCUUGGAUUUAUGAGGGCAGACUCCAGUCUGAUGCUAGUGAAAGUUGAGAACAAGCGAACUAAUGCCGCCCAUAAAUUACGCAGCCAAUUUGAUAGGACAGCGGUUUUUAGAAAGUAGCGGCUGACGCAACGUAGUCCGAGUUGGUUUGGCUGUCUCGCCGUUGUAGCCGAUAGGUCGAGACAAUGAGUAACGGUAGAUCAUGACACUUUCUGAAGAGGCGAUCAUCACUUAUUUGUCGAAAGAAAGGAAAACACACUGUUUCUUGAGUACGCAGGGAUUGUCUGGUGAAGAUGAAAUAGUAAGGGUUUAUCAGACUGAAAGUGACCGCCAAACACAAUGACAGAGGGACUAGAGGUGCAUCAGAGGGAGUCUCCGAGAUCUCUGCCCGCGGACUGCCACACCACCCUGGUGCGACGGAGCAGUCCUGAUGCUUGCCAGAACCACUCGACCGGGAGCAGGGCGUCCUCUCUGCGGUCAGAGAGGGACACUGAUUCACAGGAAAGGGAAGGGCAGGAUGGAGAGCCAUCAGGGAAACCCGUCACUCCCUGUGAUGGCGAAGAGCCGGAGCAGGAGCAGGAGCAGGAGAAGGAGGAGACGCAGAGCGGGCUAGAGGCGCCAGAUGGAGGGUGGGGCUGGGUGGUGGUGGCCUCCACCAUCCUGGUGCUGGCGUUGACCCUGGCCUUCCCCUCCUGCAUGGGAAUCUUUUAUACAGACCUGCAGACUGAGUUCAAAACCAGCAACAUUGAGACCGCCGGGGUUCCAGCGAUCAUGACUGCUGUGCUACAUGGAGGAGGCCCGUUGUGCAGUGUUCUGGUGGAGCUGUAUGGUUGCCGGCCAGUGGUCAUCCUGGGGGGGAUCCUCAGCGGCUUGGGAAUGACAGCCAGUUCUUUUGCCCAGUCCAUCACAGCACUAUACAUAACAGCUGGCAUUAUCACAGGUUUGGGAUUCUGUUUUUCCUUCCAGCCGGCCAUAACAAUGAUAGGGUACUACUUUGUACGCCGCCGUGCGUUUGCCAACGCCUUGUCGUCCACGGGCACCGCUCUGGGCCUCAGCGUCCUGCCCCUCCUGGCCAACUUCCUGCGGGGCUGGUAUGGCUGGCGCGGCAGCUUCAUGAUCUUCGGCGCGAUCCUGCUGAAUUGCUGCGUGUGCGGGGCUGUGCUAAGGCCCUUGCAGCCCAGCGCCAGGAGGGGCAGCCGAUGGCAGCGGAGGCAGUCGGACCACGCUGAGCCGGACCGCCCCGAUGGCCACCCCCCCCAGAGAGAGCCGGAGGGGCUUAAGAGACGCCUGCGGGACACGUUAUCUGGCCUCAUGGCCUUCCUGCACAGGCACAUGGGCUUUGACCUCUUGCGGAGCAACCCGCGCUACCGGGCGUUCACGCUGAGCGUGGCCUGGAUGAUGCUGGGCUUUACCGUGCCGCUGGUCUACCUGGUGCCCUACGCCACCUCCCACGGCAUGGACCAGGACCGCGCCGCCCUGCUCAUGUCAAUCCUGGGCCUGGUCAACAUCUUGGUGCGGCCUGUGGUGGCGCUGGUCUUCGGGCUGCCGCGCUUCCGCGGAAGCCGCUGCUUCGUGUACAUGUUCGCGGCGGCCAUCUUGGUAAAUGGCCUGAGCAACUGCGUGUGCGCGGCGGCGGCCAGCUUCCCCGUGCUGCUGGCGUUCGUGGUGUUGUUCGGCCUCUCCAUGAGCUUUAUCGGCUCACUGCUGGUGACCGUGCUCAUGGACACCGUGGACAUCCGGCGCUUCCACUCAGCGCUGGGUCUCAUCUGCUGCAUGGAGAGCUUCACCGUGCUGAUGGGCCCACCACUCGCAGGUCUGCUGAUGGACAGGACCGGCCAGUACAAGUACGUCUUCUACGCCUGCAGCGUGAACGUGGCAUCAGCUGGCCUCUUUCUCAUGGGCUCCUUCUACUACCUGGACCGCCAGCGGAAGAAGGAGGACCAGAGCUGCAGCCUGCCUGCUCGUGAACACCCGCUGAGACCCGCCAUCGUCCUCUCGGCCUCCGACACGGAGUACAGCCAAGUGCCCUUACGGACAGGACAGGCAGAGGAGCCGGAGUCUGUUAAAGUCUCAGACGUGUGAACAGUGCAGCUGUCCUCAACACUGGCAUAUAUCUUAUCUAUUAAACAGCCCAUUUCCCUCUGCUUUUUUUUUUUUAAAUCUAGGACUCAAAUGAGUGCAAAUAACCAGUCCAUGUUCCACUUUGUUUUCCUCUGUUGUCUGUCAUCAUCCCUUCCUCUAUUUUUGAACAGAAAGUGACUCACUUCCUUUCUUAGUUUCACGGACCAUUUAGAUGUUGUAUGCUGCACAAAGUAAAUACAGUUUCAACUAGACGGACCUAAAGUGCUGAAACUUUACUAAGCUGUAAUAGAAUCAAUCAAGGAACGGCUCUGUGUUUUUGGUGUUUGUGUUUUUCGCUUUUGGUGAACAACAAAUGUAGAAUUCAUUUAGGCCUAUGUUUUAAUGAGCUCCUGUUAUUGAACUAAUAACACCACUUUACUAUUUUAUUUUCACAUACAAUCUGUUAAACAUGAUAUUUACAGCGAAAAUUUCAUAUUAAUCAAAGAAUUUAUACUGAAAACAAAAACACUGUCCAGUUACAGUUUUUAUGAGGAGAGUACACAGAGAACACAAUGGUCUAACAUGUUUACACUGAUGUUUCUGGGCACAAAGCUUUGUUAUUAGGAGAAAUUCAAUACCUAUUCUUUGAAGUUGUCUUUAUAGAGGACUUUAAGAACUGGAAUGUUACAAGUACUGAGAAUUGGGACAGCAAGUAUUUUCUAGCUGCUAAAGAAGUGUUAAUUCAAUAAUUGUAUCAGAUGUUGUACAUAUUUUAUGAAAUAUAUCUGAUUUCUUUUCUAUGACAUUUGAAAUAGAAACUAAUUGAUUAUAGACGUUUUGUUAUUAAUAAAAUAAAAAUAGAAAUGUG